AUGCAUUGUCCAGCCAUAACCGAUCAAGGAAACAGCUCCAAUACUGAUAAGAUACCAGAUGCUCCGAAACCUGGCUUCUUCAAUCGGAAAGUUAUCAAGAUCAUCAGCAGCCCUGGUAUUGAUGUCAUGGUCUAA